AUGAUACAAAACAGUGCCUACGGAAAUCUGAUACUGGAUGGCGAAUCGCUACUUUGGCAGAUCUGCCUGCAAUCAAAUCAAAAUCCGACAAGCGAAAUAAUCGACAUGGAUAGUAACAACAAUCUUGCAGUGAGAGGUUUUUGCUACACAUACGCUAAACAGGACGAUGAUCACCAGCACGAUGAAACCACCAUCCGGGAACAGGAACACGAAACUACGGAUGAAGAGCAGUGGAACUGGACGCACAAUAUUCAAAACCAGACUGAUGAUGACUGUAUUACUAGUCUGCCCGACGUAUCGCAGCCCAAAGAUGAGCUUACCAAGGAGGAAAUCGUCGAAACGUUGGAGCAAGCUGCUGAGACUGGGGUACUAGCGGAUGGAACAACGCUACCAACACCGACCACUGCCGUGGAUGCAACGAAAAAGAAGGAGGAGGGCGUGCCGAAACGUCCGAUGAAUUCGUUCCUAUUAUUUUGCAGUCGACACCGAUCGAUAUUGAGUAACUAUUUCAACGAGGAAAACAGGUCAAUAACGGAAAAGCUCGGCAUAUGGUGGAAUGGGCUUACAGAAGAACAAAAAUCUCCAUACCAAUUGCUAGCGCUGAAGUUCAGGGCCAAGCUUUUGGCUCUGAACCCAAACUUCCAGUGGGGUAAACGUACGCCGGCAAACAGUCAAGCGUCUCCAAUUACUGACGAUGCUGGUGCAAACACAUCCUUGAUUGUGGAUCAGACCGUACAGAUGGAUGUAUCUGACGAUGCCAUCAUUACGGACGAAUGUUUGAAAGCGGCAGAAGCUUUGGUUAGUUUGCGUAAAAGCGUGGAGGUGGCACCAUUGACCACGUUCAAGAUGGCGGACGAAUCAAACAUGGGAAGCAUAAAGGAUCUCUGUAUCGGAACCGGUACGCAACCGUCUGGUGGACUGGCAGUUCCCGGUCAGACAUGGGAGUCACGGUGCAAUGGAUCAUCCCAAAUGAUGGCACCGUGUAAUAGUGGCCUUUCUUUUGGUGGUUUGGUGCAGCAAACUGGCGAAGGCGCAAGUGCACCGAAAGCCACACGAUCAUCAUCAGCACGGAAUGCCAAAAGAAGUAAAACGCAGCAGUCAAAAGCAGCAAUGCCCCGAGCUGACAUUCCCGGCGACGUGCUGGCUGAGGAUGUUACAGUCCGAAGUACACCGAUCGGUACAACAGCACAGCCAGCAUCGUCUCCCGCAAUCGUUUCUGAGGCACUGACGGUGCAACCUACAUCCACCAAACUAAUCGGCAGUCACAAGCGUAAAUUUCGCAAGGAACGUAUUACUCAUAACCCUCAGUCAGAGAAGGUAGAACGACAAACGAUCUUGAUAUCUCUUGAUAAGUCUGACGCGAAAGACGAUGAUAUCUAUCAUGCUCGUACGGGGUACCUAUUAGAAAACCUAAUGGAGUUCCAUUAA